AUGGCUGUGCGUGUUUCGGGUGGGAGAAAACGCCCUACAUUCCCUUGGAAACAAGGUCUCUUUCUCCUUUUGCUCUUUGAUUUCUUCCAUCGGCGGAUACCAAGCCCGUCAUCUCCUCUUACUUCCUAUCUCAAGGCCGACAUUCUUCAAUACGUAUCCUCCACCAUUACGGCUGCCAUUCACAACAGCACAAAUGCCGACGAACGUAGCCAUGUAGACAACGACGAGGAUGAUUCCCUGGAUGAUGCAACAGAUUCAGAGGAACAUCUCAAGGGACAAAUGGUGACGAUCCAGAAAUCCGACACUCCAGCUUCCAUCUUUUACUGUACGGGCAACAAUGGGAAUGCCUUUGGCGAAGCCAGAUUGAUUCUUUCGGCCGUCUUGGAAGAAUACGAAUUUGUCGAAACGAGAUUUGCAAAUGGCCGCCAACGGCAGGCGUGGAAGCAAGAGCACCAACAUCGGAAUCAUCCCUGGGAUUUCUUUCUUUUGCCACUGACCGAAACCUGCAAUGGAAUUGUCUUCAAAUGGCUGAUAGACGACUUUAAGGGGAAUAUUAUUUACACUAGUGGAGAGAGCAUAUCAAACUAUUUGCCACUGCGGAUGAAGGGAGGAAGAAAAUUCUUGAUUGGUCCUGCCACCGAAAACAACAACACGGACCGGGUCAUGACGCUCACGUACUUGCAAAUGACAUGGUGGGGUAUAUUUCGCCCACAACUGCAACAACAACAACUGCAACGACAACAAAACAAGAUGGACCCCCAUGCUCUAUUGGUAGAAGCUUCCAAUCGUCCUCAAGGCAAGAAAGAAAAGCAGUUUCUCAUUUAUGCAGCAACAAAUUGCGUCAAGUUCCGAGACGAAGCCUACCUAGCAUUGUCCACCAUUGGGCCGGCAUUUCAUGGUGGCAAGUGCCACGGUGGCAGUGAGCCGAACAACAAUCGCACCUUUGUCCAAAAUGGUAUAUCCCUCUCCAAUUGGCACGCCAACGUCGAGUUCUACUCGGGGUUUCGAUUCUGUCUCGUCAUGGAACAUGUCUACGAACAACCCUACGUUACGGAAAAGAUCCUAAUGGCCUUUUUGGGUGGAUGCAUCCCCAUUUAUUACGGGUCUACUAUGGUGUUUGAUAUAUUUCAUCCGGAUUCAUUCAUCUAUUACAAUGUCACCAACCCAACCGAUGCACUGGAGCGGGUCGAUCAUUUGGAGCAUCAUCCCGAGGCUUAUCACAAGACAAUGAGCCAUCCAAUCCUCAAAGAUGGCAAUGCUACGGUCGAAAGGUAUUUCAAUUUUGAGGGAGAGACUUUGAAAACAAAGAUGCGGCAUUUAUUGAAACUGCAAAAUUACAAGUUUGUCUGA